AUGGUGUUUUGUAUAUUUCUCUUGGUGUUAACAACUUCCAUCAGCAUCUCCAAACAAUUCCCAAUACCUGAAAAACAGCCAUCCAACUUUGUUCAAUCUCAAAAAAGAUCUGCGAGUGCAACAAAUCUUACUUCAUUUUCAAAUUAUAUGCAAUGGUUUAUGUCGAGGGGGAAAAUUGAGUUCUACUUAUUGGCAUACGGAUUUCUUGUUAUCCUAGCAGCAUUAUGUUAUUACUCCUGGAGAAAGUGGAAUAACCGAACAGUUUUGAGACAAAGGAAGAGAGCUCCUUCUAAUAAAUAUAUCAAGAUGAAACCGAUGUCUUCAAAAAACAGAAGGAAACUACAUAAACAAGAAUUACUGUCCCGAUUGUUAAACAAUUCUCUUGAAUUUGACCCCGAGUUUGAGAUCGAUACAAAGAAUCUUACAAUCGGGGAAGAACUUGGUGGUGGAAAUUUCGGAAUUGUUCACAAAGCGAAAUUGUAUUGUCCCAACUUGAAAACGAAAACGAAUUCUUUCACUGUUGCAGUCAAACGAGCCAAAUACUCCCUGGAUCAAACAGAAAAAUGCAUCCGACAGAAAAUGAUUUUCGACGAAUUGAAAGUAAUGUGUGCCAUCAAAAGACAUCCAAAUGUGUUGAUACUGCUAGGAGGUGCCACUAUUAACCCAUCUGACACGAUGAUUAUCUCCGAGUUCGCUGAUAAUGGCACUCUACUCGAGUUUCUGAGAAAAUUCCAAAACGGAGAUGCAUUCAAUGACCAACUUCUAUACAGCGAUCAACAAUCCGGUCAUAAAAAGAAAACUGACUGUUACACAACCAGCAUAGAGAUCAACGACUCUAUGGAGUUUCUUUCAACUGUUGACCUAGUUUCAUUCGCAUAUCAAAUUGCUAAUGGUAUGAAAUAUUUGGCUGAGAUACCGUGUGUCCAUCGCGAUCUGGCACUUCGGAAUGUGUUUUUGUUGGGUAAUAAAGUAAUACGCAUUGGUGAUUUCGGAUUGACCAGAAAGCACGAAAAUAAGGGAUACUAUAGAAUUGCAUCUCCUGAUAUUGGACUCCCAUUUCUCUGGAUCGCACCAGAGAGCUUCGAAAAUUGGAAAUUCACUGAAAAAACUGAUAUUUGGUCUUUUGGGGUAUGUAUGUACGAGCUCUUUACAUUGGGGAAGACCCCGUAUGAAGAUCUAAAGGGUAUGUUAGUGUUGGACUAUCUGAAAAGUGGUGGAAGAUUGUCUGAACCAGAAUAUUGUCAUCCGAAGAUAUAUGAAUUCAUGAAUUUGUGUUGGGCUACUGAUCCGUUGUUCCGUCCAAAUUUCAAAAUGUGCACUGAGUUUUUCAAAGAACAUUUGUCAAAUAUUAACAUCCAGGCUUACAACCAUCUCGAGGAAAAAUUGGAGAGUGAGUGUCAAUAUCAGGACGAACUUAUAAAUUGGAUUCGCACAACUGAAACAUAA